AUGGAGGUGAUGCAACAAGUAUCCGUUCGGCUGCAGAAUAUUCAAGGAGAGGUUUUGAGCCCCCUGGACAUCUCCAACAUUGCCUGGUCAUUCGGCAAUGUAGGCUAUCAGGAUGUUGACUGCAUGAGCUCAAAGUCUAAGCAAUCUUCUCUGGGCCAUUGCGAAGAUUCAAUACAAGGAUACAAUACUGGCUUCAAGCGUGCGGGAAGAGAUUUCGAAUCUCGUAUGGGCGAUGGUCAUCAUUCAAGCAAUUUGUUUGACAAAGCAAAAAAGGGCCUGUUGCAUCCUUCAUCUCAGUUGUCAAGAUAUUCUCCUCAGUCAAUUUCAAACAUUGUAUGGGCUCUGGCAAAGUGCAAUGAGAUCAAUGACGACAUCUUGCAAAUGUUUUCUGAUCAUGUCAUGAAGGUGGGAUUAUCAAGUUUCAAGGUCAAAGAUGUCUGCCUCCUUAUCCAUGGAUAUUCGAAUUCUAAUGUCGGCUACGAACUUUUCGAAGCACUCGUUCCAUGGCUGCAGCAGAUAGGCUUACAGCAACUCACUGAAGAUCAGAUCACAAGUUUUUCGUGGGUCUUGGCAAACAGGUUGCGUGUACGUCAGGUUCCAAAUACGGGGACCAAACAACUUUCGCAGAAUUCGCGGUAUUCUCACUCGUCCUUGGAUCCUUUGGAUGAGAGUUUUGGUCAGCACAAGGAGGAUAUUGCCGAGCUACAGCUGAUGAUGUUGAUUCGCACUUGGGUACUCUCCAAUCCCUUGAAGGGAUUCAGGUCCAAGGACUUGUCUCUGCUCGUCUGGUCUUUCGCUGUUUCGUUCCCCAUGGAGAAGUUGAUCUUGUUUCCUGUGAAUGAGUGCCUUCGCUCUCAGGACAUCAGCACUUUUUCAACUCUCUCCUUGGUCAACAUCGCCUGGGCCUAUGCGCACAUACUUAAGGGAAGGGAUGAGUACUUCGUGGAUACCAUGAAAGGAAUCAGCCAAGAGAUAGAGAGAAGGGGAGUGCACAACAUCCCAAGCCAUCAACUUUCCAGUUUUGCCUGGUCCUGUUGCAAACUUGGGCUAAGGGACGAACGGCUUUUUCAGGAUAUAGCGUGCCUCCUCGAUGCUGGCUUUCUGCAGAAGCUGACCAAUCACUCAUUGAUCUCCUUGCUAUGGGCUCUCGGGAUAACUGACGUCAUGAAGCAUAUUCAACUCACCAUCUUCGAGCAAGAGAUUCUCAAGAGACAAGUGAGGUCGUUCAAUGCGAUCGAGUUGAACACGGCAGCACUGGCCUUCUCACGGACUCGCUACCAGGGUAGAAUAUGGGAGGAGCUCGAUGCUGAGGCCAUCCGCAGAUCUAGGGGAAAGAAGGGGAAAUGA